ACAGCCCGUUACAUGCCUUGCCAGCGGCAUGUGCAGUCUCCGAUUGGUUUCUCUCAUAGAGAUGGAUUAUCCAACUCUAUGGUUUUUCUGCAAAACCUAACCAAAAGCACGCUACCUCGUUCGUGUCCAGGUACCAUGACGUAAAAGCCGAGCCCCUGUAAUACCCCUAAAUGGAGCUCGGUGAUUGGUCAUGGACUAAUUGAUAGGGAGCCAAUGACAGCAACGCUCACCAAUUACAUCAUCUUUGACCAAUGAGAUUCGCUGUCUAUGAUGUCAUGGCGAUCCAUGCGAGCUUUCUAUAUAUCGGGCGGAACCACAUUUUCCCGUCAGUCGUGCUCUGUCUCUCGUUGCUGACGGAACUACGCUUGUUGAACUGAAAUCCUGAUAUUAAGAUUUCUCCGAAUUAUUUGAUUUUAUAUUCCAUAUCCACUGAUAAAACCAUCACCGAAUAUGUCUAUGGACUCUCAGUCAUUUGGGGGUUCUAAUUUCUUCACCCUCCAGGGAAACAUUUUGACAGAAAACCUGUUUUCAGCGACUCAUUCUGAUUUCAUGAAAGGUUCUAACUUGAUGCAAGAUGUGAUGCUGAAUAAUGAUUCUGAAAGUGCAGACCUUGUAGUAGCUGGUGAGGUAAGUGGGGUGGAUGAUGGGUAUGACACAAACUCAGAUUUAUCAUCCCCCAUGUCUGCCAAAAGUGAUUGGGGAGAAGCAUCAACACCCUCAAGUACUGGAUCUAGCCAUGAUGAAGGAUUAUCUGCUGAUGAUAACUCCCUAUUAUCUUCAUUCCUGGAUGAGGACACCUGUUUCAGUCAGUGGGAGCAGUCAUUUGAAUGUGCGGGCAAGGGCCCAGUCAUAAAUGAACCAAUCCUGGAACUAUCACCAAGAAGUCCCAUGGUAGGCCUGCCUUCCUCUACUGCACCCAAUGACCUUUCUGCUGCGCUUCACAAGCUCAUACAGCCCAGCCAACAAGGAGUUGAGACCCUAUCAGAGGCAUCCAAGCCCCUUAGGAAACGUUCAGCGACAUCUUUAAGCUCAUGCGGAAUUACCCCCAGGAAGAAGACACGCAAAUUUCCUAGUUUGAUCCAGGCACUGCCAGAUAAACUCAAUGGAGGAGAGAUUCAGAUCACUGUUCAGCCAGAGAAGCAUCAUAGAGCAAGGUAUAGGACUGAAGGAAGCAGAGGAAGUGUCAAAGAUGACAGUGGUGAAACCUUUCCCAAACUUAAACUUCUUGGAAUCAACCAACAAGUUUUACUUCAAGUCUUUGUCGUCACUGACCAAGGGAAAGUUCGUCCUCAUGGUUACUAUCAGGCUUGCAAGGUAACUGGACGUAACACGACCCCUUCAGAGGAAAAGGAUGUGGAAGGAACUACGGUUCUCGAGGUUCCGUGGGAACCUGUUGAUGGCAAGAUGGAGAUCAGCGUUGACUGCAUUGGCAUCCUUAAGCUCCGGAAUGCUGAUGUUGAGCAGAGGAUAGGGCCCAUAAGGUCAAAGAGGAAGAGCACCUGUGUCCGGUUAGCUUUCAGAGUAAUCGUGCCUGCUUCUGAUGGUACCUUCAGCAUUCUGCAGACUGUCUCAAGAUCAAUAACCUGCACGCAACCACUUGGGCAUCCAGAGAUAUUGAAGAAGAGUUUGAGUCGGGUUUCAGUGACCGGUGGGGAAGAACUGUUCAUCAUCGGAAAGAACUUCACAUCAAAGGCCAACACAGAAGUCAAGCUCAGACAACUAGAUGACUUUGGCAAAGUGACUUGGGAAGGAGAUUGUGACAUUGACAAGGCCUUAUUUCAGAAUAACCACAUUGUGUGCAAGAUCCCUCCAUACCCAAACCAGAACUUGAGGAAGUCGGUGAUCGUGUACCUUGUUGUAACGGGCAAACCAAACCAAUGCAGCGAUCUAGAUGCCCAUCCUAUUGUGUAUCAGCCAAAGAUUGAUGAUGUGGUUAAUCAAACACCUAAUGGUUUCGGGGUCAAAAAGCCAGCUGUUGGGCUUGGAGUUGCCCCAUCAACUAUCGUCUUGCCGCCAACGCCAACAUCACCAGUUGAAACGCCCAUGCAAGUCACAAACACAGUCUCGCCUGGUCCUGUCAAGGUGGAGUCACCUGUGAUACUUCGAGCUCCUCCUACACCCAGCCCUCAACCCAACGAGGAGGAAUUUGCCCUUACCCUGCAGAUGCUAGCCACUGCCUACCUGCAGAACAAGGAUAUGUACAACAAUCUCUUGAUGCAGACGACACAGGGCCAAGUUCUUGAUGUUCUGAAUAAUAACUAAGGUAAGCUGCUUAGACUUCAACCUGAAGAUGGUAGAACAAAAAAAAAACAUCCAGCUACAAAUUGAGAAUUCUUUGACGACAUAUGCUACUGGGGAAGGAUCAAUUAGGCAUGCUGUUAGGGAUUUUGAAAGCAUUCAUACUAGGCUUAGACGGGAAGGGGGGGGGGACAGGAAGGGAUGUUCUGGGGGUAGGUGUACUUAUGUGCUGAUUUGAGUAAACCGCAACUGUAUGUUUUGAUCCAUUGCUAAUGCUGCACUUUGCUGUCAUAUGCUGAUCGAGAAGAGGUUUUGUGAAUGGGGGGGGGGGGGGGGGGUGGUAAUAAGUUCCUCCAGAGGAAAGGUUUGUGCAUUUAAAAUGCCUGUACAUGUUGUAGAUAGAACUUGUAAUUUACUGUAAAUAUGUUAAUAUGUAAUCUAUACAGAUAUAUUGUACAGCUAUAUUUAUUAUUUCUAUACAGAUUAUUCAUGGGCCAAAUGUGUUCAUUAUUCGGCUUUUGCCCUUAGGUUGAUUUUGCUUUAUAUUCAUCUGCUACUGAGACCUCUAUUUUUGUAUUGGAGAAAACUCAUUCACAAACAGGAUUUUAAAAAAAAAGUUUGUUUUUCCAAGUCUAAGGAAGGAAAUGGAAGUCACCUUUAUAGCUUUGUAUUUAUAAUUUGUGUUCAAAACGAACAGUACUGUUGUGCCUCAAAUGUGGGGUGUAUUUUUUUUUAUGUACGAUUGUUAUGAAGGUAUGUACUAACAUUGUUUGGAUAUUUGAAGGUGCCUGUAUUUGCUAAGGAAAUUUCAAAAAUUAUUUUGGCUUUUUUAUUUCCAUCGAAUCCGGUAGGAAAGGUCCUGAAUCAAUUAUUCAAGCAAUAAUUGACCAACAUAUUACCAGGGAAUCCUUGUAAUGGUUUGGUUGAUUUUUUUUUAGGAAUAGUGAGGGGAAAUCCAGACGAUGUUAGCAUGUUGCCUUAUGUAAUUACUACAACUCAUGCAAAUUGUAAGUGAAGAAGUCACAACACUUGCCAUAUGGGGUAGCCAAACUGAUCUGGUUGUGUAUCUGGGAACUUGGACAGGAUAUAUCCCAUUUGAAGUCCUCUUUAUAGCAGAAAACUUAGGGUAGGGUAUAUGAAUUGUGCCAGCACUGGCAUGAUACGUGACAUAAAAAUGGUUCCCUUUUUUUUUCUGGGGGGGGGGGGGUCAAUGCAAAUCUCUUCCAAGUCUAUGUUGGGGGGCUAUAAAAAAAAAGAUUUUGUUAGGAAUAAGACAAAUAGGUACUCAUCCGUCCAUAUUACGUUGAGUGAUGCUAGCAGGAAUGCUGAAUUUUGUGGUGCCAAAACAGGAUUCAUUUGUUAUCAGAUUAUUAAUGCCCAUGUCAAUGCCAGCAUUAUCCAGUUUAAAACUGUACUGGUGGGAUAGAAUCAUAUGUUUUCCAUGUGAUGCCCUAUAUUUAUUUUAUUGUUCAUUACUAAAGCAAAGAAAACACAUGUUUUUGCAACUGUGUUGAGAAAAAAUCCGAAACGUGAGUGUCUUAGUAAGCGCUCUACUGUAAAAAAAAAAAGGCGUGAUAAAAAAUAAAAUAAAGAAAACUA